AUGACAGAAGCAAACAACCUGAGAGACGCCCGGAGAAGAAGAAGAAUCCUCCAACAAGGAUCCGACCGUCUUGCCUUCAUCCAGGGUCGGAUCCAAACCCUCCCUCCUCCCGAUCUGCCUCACGCCAACGACGAGGAGCAGGAGUAUCCGAAUUCCGUUUUGCAGAAUCACGUUGAUGCCGAAAUUUUGCCUGAAAAACAACACAGUGAAAGUGAGAUUUUAAGUUUCCCCAAUUCUGAAAUUGAACCUGAACAUCUCGAAGAACCUAGAAGUUUCGAUUUCAUAAGCCCUAGGGAUGUGACGAAUGUCGUUGAUGCCUCAAGGUUUACGCGUCUUUGUUGUUCGAUUAUAGUUGCCUUAUUGGUUGUUGCCUCUUGUCUAGGAUUCUCUUUGAUUAAGACUAGUAUAAGCUUUAGACCACUUUACUUGGUUCUCCUCACAAAUUCGUCUUUUGUUGUUGCGAAAAUUAUUUCUGGGAAACAAAGAGGCUCUGAUGAAAGGUUGAGGAGGAGACGGAACAACGCCAGUGCCAGCGCCAGCGCUGAUUCUUCUGAUCAAUAUGCACAGCUUGCAAAAACAUUGGAAAUUGGAAUGGUGCUGAAGACUGUGGCUGAUGCUGUCUUCAUGGAUUGUGCUGUCUAUGCUAUUGUGCUCAUAUGCAGCCUUUCCCUUGUGCAUCACUGA